CCAGGCUGACGUGUUUCUUCUUUUUUCUUACUAGUUCUGACUUUAUUUUGCAAAUACAACUCAAAUUAUAAGUAAAUAGUUGAAUCUUUUGGCACAGACAUUUGAAGUUCAUUGAUUUGACCUGCAAAGGCUAAGAUCACACGGCGUUUCUACCAAUAUCUGAACAUAAAAUUGGUCGUUUUCCUCCCAAUGAUGUCCGUGCCACUCACGUCUAUGGUUAUGGAUGAUAGUGAAAGUGAAGCCUGUAAUUUGUUGGCAUACAUUUUUAUAUAUACAAAUUUAAAAGACAUAACCUCAAGUCUCACCUAGCAAUCAACGCCAAUUUUAACUUGUCCACCAACCUUUCCUACCAAUCCGACUGCAACCGUGCCCAACUCCUCGAUCGUACCAUGGAUGAAGAAGGUCGCCAUGGGUUCCGAUUUCACCCGUUUCUCAUAGGCCUUCUUGGAGUCAUUGCCGGAUCCUUCAUGGUCGCUACUUAUCAUUUAGUUUGUUCUGUUUGCAAUUGCUACCGCAGGCAGAUGCUAGGCAUCGCCAUUACUAGCCAAAACCUUCAACACAAUCAGCAGGAAAGGCCUAGUGACAGAAGCAGAAGCACUUCAACACCGAGAUUAAUUCCAAUAUUUAGAUACGGCAAAGAUUGCAAAGAAGAAAUGUGUGCCGUUUGCUUGAGUGAUUUCAAGGAAGGUGAGCCAAUUCGGUUAUUGCCAGACUGUUCGCACUUUUUCCAUGUGGCAUGCAUUGAUACAUGGCUAAAUUUGCACUCUAAUUGCCCGCUGUGUCGUGCUGAUACUUCUUCACCUCCAGAGCAGGUGGCCGUGUCUUUGCCGGAUGCUACCAGAACACCCACCUCUGGAACUUCAUAGAUUGCCAGAUUUUGGGGUGUAAUUUUCAAAACGAUGGAAGGGAAUCAACGGAUGGCUUUACUGUGAAGCCAGGUAGCUUAGCUACUCUCCAUUAAUGAUUGUUUAUUAGCUUGGAAGUGACUCAAAGCGAGAAAAUGCCUAGUGAAUUAUAGAAAAAUUAGAUGCAUAAUGUUUGUCAACGUCAAAAGGCCGUAAAUAGCACCGUUUUUUAAUGACUUUUGGUCCCUGUCAUCACCCUCAAUCCACCCUUUAUUUUCUCUACACUUCUCUAGGAUGAUCAUGUUUCAAAUGCCAAACCUUUCAUUGAUGAAGCUUACGAACAGUUUUUGUUGCCCAAAAGUCCAAUAUUAAAAUUUGAAUAUGGAUUAAAAUAAUUAAACAAAUUCCAAAUCGUUGUCGUCCCUAACUAUAUAUCCUAUGAGUAUAGCCCUAAGUAAGUUUCAAAUUUUCGGAAGCUCUUAAAAUUGGGCCUCUUUAGCCCAUGUUAUUAAGGUCACUGGUCAAGAGUUUUUGUGGUCUGAUUACAAUAAUUUGGGCCUCCUUUUGAUAGUGGAAACAAACACUAAAUGGGUCAAA